AUGAAAUCGUUCAUCAAAAGUGAAAUAAACGCUGCUAUUGAAAAAACAAAACAAGAAUUCACUGAAACUACAGAUUUUGUGCAGUCAGAAAAUAAAGAUAUAAAAGCUUCCUUAUCAGUUGUCGAAACUUACAUUAGCGAACUAGAGAAAGAAAAUUGCAAUUUCCUGAAAAAUAUAACGUCUUUGCAAAAUCGUUUGGUGUCUAUGGAAAAAGUUUCGUGGAGCUGCAAUGUUGAAAUACAAGCUGUCCCUGAAAAGCGAAAUGAAAACGUACUUCCAAUAUCUUUAUAA